AGAGUUCGGAUGGCGAGAUCCAGAGCUUCCAGAAGUUAUACAGAUGUUACAACAUCAAUUUCCCUCAGUACAGUCCAAUGCUGCAGCCUACUUACAACACCUCUGUUUCGGAGACAAUAAAAUAAAGGCAGAGAUAAGAAGACAAGGCGGAAUACAAUUACUGGUGGACCUAUUGGACCAUCGGAUGACAGAAGUCCACCGUAGUGCCUGUGGAGCUUUGAGAAACUUGGUAUAUGGGAAGGCAAAUGAUGACAACAAAAUUGCCCUGAAAAACUGUGGUGGUAUCCCAGCAUUAGUACGGUUACUUCGCAAGACUACAGAUUUGGAAAUCAGAGAACUGGUCACAGGAGUUCUCUGGAAUCUUUCCUCCUGUGAUGCACUGAAAAUGCCAAUCAUCCAGGAUGCCCUCGCAGUGUUGACCAAUGCAGUGAUCAUCCCUCACUCUGGAUGGGAAAACUCUCCACUCCAGGAUGAUCAUAAAAUACAACUCCAUUCAUCACAGGUGCUGCGCAAUGCCACUGGGUGCCUAAGGAAUGUCAGCUCUGCUGGAGAGGAGGCCCGCAGAAGAAUGAGGGAGUGUGAUGGCCUGACGGAUGCAUUGCUGUAUGUGAUCCAGUCUGCUCUGGGGAGCAGUGAAAUUGAUAGUAAGACCGUUGAAAACUGUGUGUGCAUUUUGAGGAACCUCUCAUACAGGCUAGCUGCAGAAACAUCUCAGGGACAGCAGAUGGGAACAGAUGAACUUGAUGGAUUACUCUGUGGUGAUACCAAUGGAAAAGACACAGAGAGUUCAGGGUGUUGGGGGAAGAAGAAGAAGAAAAAGAAAUCACAAGAUCAG